UUGAAUUAUUUAUUUACUUAUAUUUUUUUAUUUAAUUUUUUUUUGUAAUUAAAAUAUAUUUUUUUCCUAUAAAAAAUAUUAUGGGCUAUUCGAUUAAUCAGAUAAAUAUGACCGAUAAAAUUGAUUCAAUAAAAGAUAUUAAAGCACCAUCGAACAAAUUAAAUGUUAUUGCAAUUGCAGUUGAAAUUGUUUCACGUUUAAUAACCAAAGAUAAUCAUGAAAUACGUGUAAUGAGAUUUGCCGAUCGUACUGGUUGUAUAAAUAUGUGUCUUUAUGAUGAAUUAGGCGCAACGGUUCAACCAGGUGAUAUAUGUCAUAUAACACGUUGCUAUGCAACAUUUCAUAAAGGUGCAUUAACAUUAUAUAUGGGUCGUCAUGGUAAAUUGACAAAAAUUGGUGAAUUUUGUAUGACGUUUACUGAAACACCAAAUAUGAGUGAUGGUGAUCCAUCUACAUUAUCAUCACCAUCAACUUCAUCAACAUCAACGUCGUCGUCGUCGUCGUCGUCAUCAACGUCAUCAGGUCCACCAACAAAUUCAUAAAUAUUUUUCAUUUUUUUUUCUUUUCAAAAAUUGUG